AGGCGGUUGUGCGAUGGAUCCGUGUUGUUGUCCUGAACGUGCUGAACAACGAUGAAAGCCUGUGUGCACUGAUUCUACUUCUGCCUUGAUAUGCAAGUUUAGUGUAAAAGAGGACGCGAGCACGACUUUAACUCAACUCAUGCUUAGAUGAGUUUCCGAUUUUUCUUACAAACACUGAUUGCGUCGUAACCACAUACAUCUAGUAUUGUAAAUGUCAACGAUAUCUAGAGUAUAGCUCGAGUCACUUGUCACAUUUGUUCCUGAUUUGUGUGUGUGCAUGACUUUCCAUGCAGCUGGAAAGUCGGUCCAGCCUCUCGAGCUUUGACGUCACGCGCUUGAGUGUUCACACAUGGAAGUGAUCAUUACAGUCCACUCAACAGUUUAAGGUCGCAGAGCCCGGAGCUUACAGCAGCAGGCUAUCUGUCUAUCUAUUUAUCUGUCUAACAAUCUUAACUAUCCGUCCUGUUUAUUCUCUCAACACGCUCGACGCGACUCGUGCAUUUUGCAUAGCGGAUCGUGCACUUUCUUCGGUUCGUCUUUCGGGUUUUGUUUUUGUUUGUUUGUUUGCUUUUGCUUGCACGGAAUACAGCUGACAUGUCCAGACCUCUGACCAUGAACCCAACUUUUUUACCUCCUCCAACUUACGGAGUGCUCAAAUCUCUUCUCGAAUAUCCAAUGAAACUACCACGGCACCACGAAGAAGUUUAUGACAAGGAGAAGAAGUUGGAGGAAGAGAGGAAUGUGCCGCAGUCUGCCUUCCUGGGCCCGGUACUUUGGGAUAAGACCUUGCCUUAUGAUGGCGAUAAUUUUCAGUUGGAGUACAUGGACCUUGACGAGUUUCUGUCUGAAAAUGGCAUUCCAUCCAGUCCACCACAGCAUGAGCAAAGCCAAUGUCCUCAGCAGCAGCAGCAGACCCCAGUCUCCGUCAUGGACCUCAGCAACAGAGUCAGCACCUCCAUCCACACAAGCAUGGUCUCUCAGAACUGCCUUCAGAGUCCCACACGAACAGUGAUGCCUUCAUCACGCAACACUCCUAGCCCAGUUGACCCAGAGAGCAUCCAAGUGAUGAUGAGCUAUGAGCCUGACCCAACAGACCUGGCUCUGUCUAGUGUGCCAGGCCAGGAAGCAUUCGACCCUCGUAAGUGCAGGUUCUCUGAAGAUGAGCUUAAACCCAAGCCAAUCAUCAAAAAGGCACGCAAAGUCUUCAUUCCUGAUGACAUUAAGGAUGAAAAAUACUGGGCACGGCGCAGAAAGAACAACAUGGCUGCCAAGCGGUCACGGGAUGCUCGGCGCCUGAAGGAGAACCAGAUUGCCAUCCGGGCCGGUUUCCUAGAGAAGGAGAACUCCGCUCUCCGACAGGAAGUGGCUGAUCUGCGGAAGGAGCUUGGGCGCUGUAAAAAUAUUCUAGCAAAGUAUGAAGCUCAGCACGGCCCUCUGUGAGGCCUACAGGUCCGGGUAACAGGAAGUACGAUGGAAUGGUGAAAUGUCCUUUCAUCAUUUAAACCUGUUGACCAUCACCCCUGUCUGUUCUUGGCACUUUAGAAUUGUGUUAGUGUGAGGUCAUGUUUCAGUGUCAUUUUUAUUAGCCAGCCUUUUUUAUUUUUUAAAUAUAAAGAGAUGUUUUAUGCUAUAGGGAUGGUUCCUUCUUAUUCAUGUAUUCUGUAUAUGUUUAAGGAAUGUUAUAGCACUUAAUUGUAUGGAAAAAAAUCAUUUUUAGUUCAUCAUAGUAGAUACAUUGUUACAGUUUUUAUUAAUAAAGUACAAAUUUGCAGGCUUUAUAUGUUUAGUGAGUCAGCACUCCAGUGUUAAAUCUGGCGAGCAAAAUUUACAUUUAGGCCUCACACUAAUUUUCAGUGUCUCUGCAAUGGCCUGCUGUUUUCACACACACAGAGUAAAUUAUAGAAAAAAAAUUCUAUAAAGAAAAAGAGUAUUUAUGAGUACGCUUUUUUAACAUGACAGUUUUUUAUUAAACUAUUUGACUCUGUUACAUGAUUGUUACACACCAUUUUCUUCUAUCCCAGUUUAUUUCUGGUUGGGAUUUGUGUUGAUAUAUAGCCUUCAUACCUCUCACAUCAGCAUGUUUUUUGAAUGCUUAGACCAUAUUUUGAUCUUUAAUCAAAUACGUUAAAUCUUAUGUCUUUGAUACCCAUCUUUACUUUUUUUUUUUUUUUCCCUCAUUGUAAGUAUUUACGAUGAGAUGAAUUAGAACACUAUACCUGUGGCAAUAAUUUUUUUGGCUUCUGUACUGAACAUGAAUAGAGUUUUGUUUAUUGAAACAAAGGUAAAUGACACUGCCAAGUUUUAUUAGCACUGGUCAUUUCACAGAGAAUGGCAAUGUGUUUGAAACUUGAUUAAUAACAAGAAAUUAAGAAAAGACUCUGCUUGCCUUUUGGAGCCAGAAUGUGGUCAGAAUGUAAAUGUGUGGUGAUUUUCUGUCUCUGAAUAAACUAUCAGUCUUUAUUCCAGACCAAAAGAAAGAAAAUAUCUAUGUAUAAAUGUCUGAAAUGUUUUACAAAGCUUUUUUUUUUUUUUUUGGUUUGUUUUGUACAGUAUUUUCCUAUGAAUCUCUAAAGAUGUGUUUGAAGGGUGUUUGACUACAUGGAAAAAAGAGCUUUUAAAUAUUUCAAAAUGCUGUAGCUUGCUGGAAUUCUGCAUGGGCAUUAGUGAAGUAUAAUCCAAUCCGUUUAUCUAAUGCAUUAAAGGUUUUUUUUUCUGAAUUUAACAUCCAUUUGUUAUCUCCUAGUCAUACUGAAUCUAUUUUUAUGCAUCACUGAAAGGUGAACAAGGUCUUUUUUUUUCCCUCUUUUUUGCUGUUUGUACUAUUGUUAGGAUCAACACAGUCUGCAGUGUUUCUUGCUGGUGAAAUGAUUUCUUUUGAAAGAUGGUAUCAUUGUGUUUGCAAUACUGUUGAAAGCAGUGAAUGUUGACUGUGAAAAGAUCUUAUGCCAUAAAAUUGAAUUUAUAGCAUGUUUAUUUUUAGUAGAGUAUUUAUUGGCUUUAAAAAAUAUUUUAUUGUUGGUUUAUUGUCUGACUUCUUUUUCCCCCUUUUCCUGUUUUCUUGCCUACAAUCAUGAUUAAAUAAAUUCUUAACAAAUCUA